CCAAUCAUGUGUAUGUCAUAUUCAAAAAAUGGCGUCUGGUAUAAAAAGAAAACAGAAAUUGGUUGAUAUCGGAAGCGAUUCGGAUAAUGAAACGGAAAAGAAUGCAAAACAUGCAAAAAUCAAAUCAGAAACACCACGGUUGUGUCCAUACUUGGAUACGAUUAAUCGACAAUUUUUAGAUUUUGAUUUUGAAAAAUUAUGUUCUGUAUCGUUGUCAAGGAUCAAUGUAUAUGCCUGUCUGGUUUGUGGCAAAUAUUUUCAAGGGAGGGGGACUAACACUCAUGCUUAUACACAUAGUGUAGCAGAGAGUCAUCACGUAUUUCUCAAUCUGCAUACAUUAAAAUUUUAUUGUUUACCAGAUAAUUACGAAAUUGUGGAUUCAUCAUUGGAUGACAUUAAAUAUGUAUUAUAUCCAACUUUUGACAAAGCACAAAUAGCCCAAUUAGAUAAGUGUGACAGACAGAGUAGAGCAAUUGAUGGCUCUAUGUAUUCACCAGGCAUAGUGGGAUUGAAUAAUAUAAAAGCAAAUGAUUACUGCAAUGUUAUUUUACAAGCGCUUUCACAUGUUACACCUUUGAGAGAUUUUUUCUUAAGAGAAUCUAAUUAUUCCCAUGUAAGAAGACCACCUGGUGAUUCAUCUUAUCUCUUGGUACAAAGAUUUGGAGAGCUUAUGCGCAAAUUAUGGAAUCCACGUAAUUUUAAAGCACACGUGAGCCCUCAUGAGAUGCUGCAGGCUGUAGUUUUAUGGAGUAAAAAAAGAUUUCAAUUCACAGAACAAGGUGAUCCGGUGGACUUUUUAUCAUGGUUCUUAAAUGCUCUUCAUUUGGCACUAAAUGGUACUAAAAAGCGUGAUUCAAGUAUCAUUUAUAAAACAUUCUUAGGACAUAUGCGGAUAUAUACACGAAAAAUACCGCCAUUAGAACUAGAAGAGAGCCAAAGAAGUGAACUGUUGCACACAGUAGAAUAUGGUGAAACUGUGACGGAAAGUCCGUUCUUAUAUCUUACUUGCGAUCUCCCGCCGCCUCCAUUAUUCAAAGAUCAAUUCACGGAGAACAUUAUUCCACAAGUGAAUUUAUACACACUGUUAAACAAAUUUAAUGCCAUCACUGAAAAAGAAUAUAAGACCUAUAAGGAAAAUUUCAUGAAAAGAUUUGAGAUUACUGAACUGCCACCUUAUCUUAUACUUUAUAUAAAAAGAUUUACGAAAAAUACAUUUUUUGUCGAGAAAAAUCCAACAAUUGUGAAUUUUCCCGUUAAAAAUGUUGAUUUUGGAGAUAUUUUAACACCGGAAAUAAAGGCGAAGCAUCCAUAUACAACAUAUGAUUUAGUAGCCAAUAUAGUACACGACGGUGAGCCUGGUCAAGGAACAUACCGAGUUCAUAUUUUGCAUAGAGCCACUGGUCAGUGGUAUGAGAUGCAAGAUUUACAUGUCACCCAAAUUUUGCCCCAAAUGAUUACUCUCACCGAAGCAUAUAUACAGAUUUAUGAAUUAAGGAAAGACGCGCACAUGGAAAAUGGUGACAAUAAAACCAAGCAAACAUGAUGUUUUAAAUAAAAAUCUUGAAAUAUAUAAUUUACAUUUUGUAUAUAUAGA